UGCACUGCAUUCCAUGAGUCCAGACUAGUAGCGGUUUUAUUUCCUACUCUAAUCAGUAAGGGCGGUUAUCUUGGGGUGCAACCGUGUUAUCUUUGUAUCUGACACUUAGUAUUUGAUGGUGAAACAGUAUUUGAUAGUGAAACCUAUCAAAGUUUGUUUAUUUCACUGUGUAUAUAGGACACAAAAUAUUUCAAGUUCCUAUCAUUAUCAUCUUGAACACAACAGAAUCGUCUACAACAAACUAGUACACGAAACAAACUUGACUACACUACAUUUAAUCUAUUGGAGACAUCAGAAAAUUUCAAUUGCGACACAGAAGGUAAAAUGCACGCCAAGUUAUUAUUAUCAUGCGUGGUAGCUGCACUAGCAACUAUCGCCUCGGCAAUGCCUGCACAAUCUCUCGCGGACCUUGGAAUACCGGUAUCCGGGGCGCAACUUGAAGUAAAUAAUGCCGACAACCGCACCGGUGAAAGCCCACAGAAAUGGGCUGAGAAAAGCGGACCUUGGCCCGAGUUCACCUAUGUGAAGAGACAGGAUAGAAGACGUAAGCGCAGACUUCUUUCCGAGAGUAUUCCUCAGGCAAAGGACAGUGGCCAGCAUGUCAAGGCCCGUUCUUGAACAAUGCCAUCUAGUCCGCAAUUUCUAUCUUGGAGUUGCAUUAGCAACAUACUGGAGGGUAAAAGUGCACUUCCAUGUGAUCAUAGAAACCUGGAAAUCUGUUCGUGGAAGCUGGACGACGCGACACUUUUCAGUAUUUAUGUACAUUUAGUCUGUGAUUAUGUACAAAAAUAAAUCAUAGAAUCAUUCAC